UUUUUUUUUUUUCUUUGUUUUCUUCUUUAUUUUUUUUUCUUUAACUGCACCACAGCAGCAGUUUCACUUCAUUGAUUCGCUCUCUCUCUCUCUCUCUCCUAAUCUCUGGAGGCGCCGUCCAAUUGAUCAAAGCGCGGUGGCUUCUUUGGGAGCUAGAGGAGGACUGGUUUGGAUGUGGAGGGGAAGCGAUCCUUCGCUGGCCUUUGAUCCCUUGUUGCCGAUGUGGUAAAACCCUUGGGAGGCGCAAAGUGUAGUGCUUCAAAAAUUCUCCAAGAAUCUAUAGCUUGUGACAUGAUGGGCAUUGGAAAACUUGGAUUGGGCUUCUGUAUCCUUGUGGCCAUCAGUCUUCAAUGUGUUUGUGGUUCGUUCACCCCUGUUGACAACUACCUGAUAGACUGUGGGUCUUCAAAUAGCUCGACCAUGGACAACAGAACUUUUGUCGCUGAUGCAUCCAGUUCUUCUACCCUGACAGCCCCAAAUAGCAUCUCAGCCAGCACCUCAUCGAGCUCGGUAUCGGCUCUUUACCAAACUGCACGGAUCUUUCGUGAGCCCUCCUCAUACUCUUUCUCGAUCCAGAACCAUGGCUGGCACUUCAUCCGCCUCCAUUUCUUCCCGUUUGUAUACCAAAGCUACAACCUUAUGACUUCAAAGUUCACGGUCUCAAUCCAGGAUUUUGAUCUCCUCCAGAACUUCCAGCCACAGGGGAAUUCUUCUCCUGAGUUGAAGGAAUAUUUGGUUAACGUGAAUGAGGACACCCUCUACCUGUCCUUCAUACCAGUGGGAAACUCAUCCUUUGCUUUCAUAAAUGCUGUAGAAGUUUUUUCAGCCCCUGAUGAUCUAGUAAAUGAUUCAGCCCGCACCGUUAAUCCUUCCGGGGAGUAUCAAGGUUUGCUAGGGCAGGCAUUGGAGACAGUUUAUAGAAUCAACAUGGGUGGCCCAGAGGUUACUCCGGACAGUGAUACUCUGUGGAGAACCUGGGUUAACGAUAGCAGCUUUAUAGUUACCAAAAGUUUUGCUAAAUCGGUUUCUUUCUCUGGACAACUUAAUUAUCAGCAAGGACAGGCCACUCAAGAGACUGCCCCCAAUAUUGUCUAUAGCACAGCAACGAGGUUGGUGGCACCAAAUACUUCUGCUGCAAAUGCGAAUGUGACAUGGCAAUUCAAUGUAGACACAAAUUCUAGCUACUUUAUCCGGCUUCAUUUCUGCGAUAUAGUUAGCAAGGCACUUGUAGAUCUCUACUUUAAUGUUUAUAUCCGUAGCUGGGUUGUGCUUCCUAAUUUUGAUCUCUCUGCUGUUGCAUUGAGUCUGGCUGCACCUUAUUAUGUCGAUUUUGUAUUGGCGGCUAGUGAUGUAUCCAGUAAGCUUCAUAUUAGUAUUGGUCGUUCGUCAUUACGCUACGAUUCGGUUGAUGGCAUUCUAAAUGGGCUUGAGAUCAUGAAGAUUAGGGACUCCAAUGCAUCUGCCAUGGUUAUUGCACCACCUGGUUCGAAGAAAAAACUCGGUGUGAUAUUGGGUUCAGCCGUUGGAGCAAUUGCUGUGGUGAUUGUUGCUUUUAUUUUUUUCAUGGUGUGUCGGAGAAGGAAACUGGCAAGAAAGCACCACUCAAAGACUUGGAUGCCUUUCUCAGUCGAUGGACUGACUUCACAGAGUACAGGGAGUAGAACUUCCAAUGGCACUGCUGCUACAUCUGGGCAAAAUGUGAGCCUUGGUUACCGCUUCACCUUUAUUGCACUGCAAGAGGCAACAAACAAUUUUGAUGACAAUUGGGUAAUUGGAGUAGGAGGUUUCGGCAAGGUCUACAGGGGAGUGCUAAGAGAUGAGACUAUGGUCGCUGUGAAGAGGGGCAAUCCGAAAUCCCAACAAGGCCUCAAUGAGUUCCGCACUGAAAUUGAGUUGCUAUCACGGCUGCGCCACCGUCAUCUGGUUUCUCUUAUUGGGUACUGUGAUGAGCGGAAUGAGAUGAUUCUUGUUUAUGAGUACAUGGAGAAAGGGACUCUUAAGAGCCAUCUCUACGGCUCCGACCUUCCAAGUCUUAGUUGGAAACAGAGGCUGGAAAUAUGUAUCGGAUCAGCCAGAGGACUUCACUACCUUCACACUGCUUUCGCCAAGGCUAUCAUCCACCGUGACGUUAAAUCUGCAAAUAUUCUACUUGACGAGAAUCUCAUGGCUAAGGUUGCAGAUUUUGGGCUCUCAAAGACUGGACCAGACUUGGACCAGACCCAUGUUAGUACUGCAGUGAAAGGGAGUUUUGGAUACCUUGAUCCGGAGUAUUUCCGAAGGCAGCAGCUGACAGAGAAGUCAGAUGUGUAUUCGUUUGGAGUGGUUCUGCUUGAAGUGCUUUGUGCAAGACCAGUCAUCGAUCCCACCCUUCCAAGAGAAAUGGUGAACUUAGCUGAAUGGGCAAUGAAGUGGCAGAAGGGAGGAGAGUUAAAGCAGAUUGUUGAUCCUCGGAUUGCAGGAACAAUUAGGCCUGAUUCUUUGAGGAAGUUCGGAGAGACAGUCGAGAAAUGCUUGGCAGAUUAUGGCGUGGAGAGGCCCACAAUGGGAGAUGUGCUGUGGAAUUUGGAGUAUGUGCUGCAACUCCAAGAGGCAGAGUCAGGGACCUCUGAGGUUAAUAGCAUCAACCGGAUUGCUGAACUUUCUUCACAGGUUCAAAACAUCGGGAACCUCGAGAGUGCAAGUGUCAGGGGAGUUGGUUCCUCAAGUUCCAAGGAUCUUUCUGAUGUUUCUAUGAGUCAAGUUUUCUCGCAGUUGAUCAAGGCUGAAGGGAGGUAAUUUGGUUAUCAUUUGCUGAAGUACAUCUUGCUGUAGAGACUUCUAAAAUGUCAUUAGUCUGUGUCAAAAGUGACCGCUUAGUUCUUUAUACAGAGUUUUAUAUUGGACGCUUUUUUUUUUAAUUUUAGCUUCCAGUUUAUUCUUUUUAUGUACGCUUGCUCACAUACAAACAGUCUAACCAUGUAAUUAAGUUGUAGGUUUGUAAUACCUUCCAUUUGAUUGUUCAUCAUCUUCAUCA